ACUAUUCAAGAAUGUAUGGUAAAAGAAGCAGAGAUGACUGCAAAAAAGGAGAAAUUGCAAGCCGAAAAGGUAAAACUGUUGGCUAGCCUGCGCGAGGCCACUGUUGAAUUACAAGAACAAAAGGAACACUUGCAGACAGAAUUGGUCGACCUUAAAAAGGAAGUGGACGAAACUAAGUCCGCUUUUAGUUUGGCGGAAUCAGAAUUAAAUAUAUUUGUUAGUACAGAAGCAAACGAAAAAAAUAAACUUGAACACAUUCAGAAUGUGUAUGCCAACAUUAAAGAAAACAUAAACUCUAGAAGUAGAGAAAUUGCGGAUUUGAAGAAAAGAAUUCCGGCAAACAAAGAAAAAUUGACGGAAGCCAGAAAUAAUCUUAAAGAAGCGAAGGCCCAAGAAGCCGAAUUUAUAGAUCAAAUCAGAACUCGCCGUACCUCUUUGGCCGAAGUUAAAUCUUCUAUGCAAGCAACCAGGUCUCGAGGAAGAGUUUUAGACUCAUUAAUGAAGGAGAAAAGAGAGGGAAGGUGUCCAGGUUUAUUCGGCCGUUUGGGAGACUUGGGGGCCAUCAAUCAGAAAUACGAUGUGGCGAUUUCAACAGCGUGCGGUCCACUAGAUAAUAUUGUAGUGGACACUGUUACUACAGCACAAUGGUGUAUUGAAUUUUUAAAAAGGAAUGAUGUGGGCCGUGCUACAUUUAUUGCUUUGGAGAAACAAGAACAUUUGAGAGGCCGUGCAGAGUCAUCAAUUGUUACACCUGAGAACGUUCCACGGCUGUUUGAUUUGGUUAAAAUUGCAGAUGAUAGGAUAAAACCUGCAUUUUACUAUGCCUUACGAGACACUCUGGUGGCAAAUGAUUUAGAUCAAGCAUCUCGUAUUGCAUAUGGUAAACAAAGGUAUCGAGUUGUAACCUUAACGGGACAACUAAUUGAAACAACUGGAACAAUGAGUGGAGGAGGUAAAACUGUAUCUCGCGGGCGGAUGGGACAAUCGGUUGCUGUUUCUACAACCGAUCCCAAAGAUGUGCAGCGUAUGGAAGAAACUUUACAAAACAUGGAGGAAAGAAUUCGAAUUCUACGUCAAGAACAAGAAAAUUGUGAAGCCAUAAUUAACACUUUGGAACCAGAAGUAAAGCAAAUGGAAACUGAUGUGCAUAAGUUCACAAUUGAACUUGAGUCAUCGAAACAGCAGGAGCCAUUAAUUGCCGAGCAGUUAGAAACACAAAAAGCAAAGAGUAAAUCGACAAAGGCCGAUACAGGGACAGUAAAAAAACUUACUCAAAUUGUCAAUCAGAAGAAGCAGCUUUAUGAUCGAGCAACUGAGGCUGCUAAUGAAAUACAGGUCCAAGUAGACCGUUUAACGCACGAAAUUAAGGAAAAAACUGUGGGAAAAAUGAAAGCAAUGGAUAAAAAUUUAAAGGAUGUACAGAAUACAAUUGAUAAGUGCAAAUCUGAAAUAACACGUAGAAAUGUAGCGACGAAGACAGCGCAAAGGAACUUUAAGAAAAGUACCGAAAAAAUUGCUACUAUGGAGCAGGAUAUAGUCGAUAUGGAAAAUAAAUUGAGAAGUAUGAAGGCACAAAGAGAAGAAAUCGAGAGAGAUGCAAAAGAGUUACUUCAGAGUAUUGAAAAUAUUACUACCGAAUUAGGUGAUGCAGAAGAACAGUGUGCAGAUUUAAAGAAAGCCGUUUCCGACCUUGCAAAAGAGGAGAACAAAAUAAAAUCGGACAAAAUCGAAGUUGAUCAGAAGUGCAAAACGUACAACGCACAGAUUAAUGAGCAUAAGGGACAGAUUCACGGUUAUAGGUCGAAGUUGGCUCAUUUGAAGCUUCAAGAGAUACCCGACCAAGCCACAGAGGAAUUGAAGGAGUUUACGCAAGAUGAGCUAAAAGAGAAAAACAUUGGGAAUAUACAGCGACAAUUGACAUUCCAAGAGAAUCAAAUUAAAAGUGCAAAACCUAAUCUAAACGCAAUAACAGAGUAUCGAAAGAAACAAAUGAUAUUUAUUGAAAGAUCAAAAGAAUUAGAUGAACUUUCUCAAAAGAAGGCUAAAGUUAAAGAGGCGUUAGAUAAUGUUAGACAGAAAAGGAAGGAGGAGUUUGCAACCGGAUAUAAUAUUAUUCGAUUAAAAUUGAAGGAGAUGUAUCAAAUGAUUACUUUAGGAGGAGACGCCGAUUUUGAAUAUGUUGAUACAUUUGAUCCAUUUACGGAAGGUAUUCAAUUCAAUGUACGUCCACCGAAGAAAUCGUGGAAAAAUAUAUCAAAUUUAUCCGGCGGCGAAAAGACGUUAUCUUCAUUGGCAUUAGUAUUCGCUUUGCAUUAUUAUAAACCGUCUCCCUUAUACGUGAUGGACGAAAUUGAUGCAGCUCUGGAUUUUAAGAAUGUUUCCAUUGUGGCAAAUUAUAUUAAAGAACGAACAAAAAAUGCGCAAUUUGUUAUCAUCUCCCUAAGAUCCAAUAUGUUUGAGCUGUCCGAUCAUCUAAUUGGUAUAUACAAAACCUUUAACUGCACUAAGUCAAUUACUAUUAAUCCAAGAGUGUAUGAUAAACCGAAGCAAACCGCCAUGAUUCCAGAACCACAGCAAAAUGGUAAUGAUGAUAUAAUCGAAACACCACAAGGAGUUGCUUCCGAAGACAAGGAAGUUGAAAAUGAACCAAAUGAAAUUGAAAUCAAUGGGUCACAAAUGGAAGUUGAUGAAUAAUUUAUUAUCGAAUUUUAAUAAUGUAAAGAUUUUUAUAUUUUUCUAAUAGAACAGUGUUAAUUACU